UUGAUCCGCCCAUGCAAACCACCCCGCCUUUUCCCCGAGCGAGCGAGCUAGAGGACGGCAUGUGCGGACGAGCGCACGUCAGGAGCGUGUGGAAAGGCAUGGCGCGCGGGUGGUGACCGCGUGCGUCGGUUUGGGAUCCCGUGCGCCCGGUCCUACAAUCACCACAGCGAAGGAACCAGAGGGUGAGCCCAGCUGCAACCGUGGGGAGGAGAGGUCAAUCAGCGAGUCCUGUAGCAGGCAGCUAAGGGGCAUGGCGGACUGGGCGCCGGUGUUCAUCGGGCUGGUGCUCUUCAUCCUCCUCUCGCCGGGGCUGCUCUUCCAGAUCCCCGGCAAGGGCAGGAUGGUGGAGUUCGGCAACUUCCAGACCAGCGGCAUCUCCAUCCUCGUCCACGCCGUCAUCUACUUCGCCCUCAUCGCCAUCCUCAUCCUCGCCGUCAACGUCCACGUCUUCCUCGGCUGACCACAGGACGCCGCUAGCUGCUUCCUCCUCAUCGCUCAGCAGUUAGGUGUCGUGGUCGUGGAGGAUCGAGAGGAAUACCCAGUCACUGCCGCGUUCAUCUUCAGGCUUCCUGAUGGUUCAGCUUCUAGGAGGCACAGUAUGAUGUUCAUUGGGCAAUUUAGUUGAUGAUUUGAUAUUUUAUGAGGAAUGUAUAGCUCCAACUCUUAUAUGCGCUGUUUCGUCUUGUGGUAACUGAGAAUCAAUUGCAAACUGAACUAUGUUUAGGAAUCUCAUCUUCAGAGAGAAAGCGUAUAUGAGCGUUCCACAUGAUGAACUUCAAUCA